UGAAAACCGCAAUAGAUCCAAGAAAUCAAUCUCAGAGAGCUCCAUUGAAAGCUCAUCGAUAUCGAAGAGAAGUAGCCAAGAAGAAGAAGAGUGAGAAGGCAUCCAUGGCGGCAGAGGCGUCGAGAUCCGGCACGGCGGUGGACUCGUACAUCGGGAGCCUCAUCAGCCUCACCUCCAAGAGCGAGAUCAGGUACGAGGGGAUCCUCUUCAACAUCAACACCGAGGAAUCCAGCAUCGGCCUUCGAAAUGUUCGUUCAUUUGGAACUGAAGGACGAAAGAAGGAUGGUCCUCAAAUUCCUGCCAGUGACAAGAUAUAUGAGUACAUACUAUUUCGUGGAAGUGAUAUCAAGGAUUUACAGGUCAAAUCCUCUCCACCUCCUCAGCCUGCUCCUAUACACAAUGAUCCUGCAAUCAUUCAGUCACACUACUCACAUCCUCCUGCUUCAACAAGCUUGCCUUCCGUAGGCAGUGAAACUGUAGCUGAUAAUUCUCACACAGCUCAGUUAGGUGUAUCACGGUCAACAUUUCCAGGAGGCUUGCCUCCAUUUCAAUCUGGGGCUAGCUUAGGUUCAUGGGGCUCCUCAACUCCAGCAGCGAAUGAAUCUGGGAUUGCAAUGCCAACAAUGUAUUGGCAAGGGUAUUACGCACCUACAGGUGGCCUUCCACAUAUCCAACAGCCAUCGAUGCUACGACCACCACCAGGAUUACCAGUACAUCCCUCCAUGCAGCAGCCUCUGCAGUAUCCUGCAAUAAAUACCUCAAUAUCAUCUGGAUCUCCAGGUUUAACUGAUUAUCGCUCUCCUUUAUUGCCCCCUAUUGGCAGUAGCUCAAGUCUAACCUCUAUGACGUUGCCACCUAUGUCAGCACCUGCUCAAGCAAGCUCGUUAGCCGCUGAAACAUUACCAAAUUUGAUGCCUAAUAUAUCUCCUGUUGCCUCUUUUCCUGCAUCAAGUAUUGGCCCCACUCUGCCAUUAGUGCCUCCUAUAACCUCUUCUCUUGAAUCCAUACCUACGAUGGCUCAGAGUAUUCCAUCAAUUGUUGGCAGCAAGCCUAGGCCUGUUCUCAUCACGAGUUUACCUUAUCAAAGUACAUCUCAGUCUGUGCCUUCCAACAUUGGUCAACUUAUAUCUAGCCAUGUGGAAACUUCAGUUCCUUUGGUGACACCUAUUCAACUGUUCCAGCCUCCUUCCUCAUUGUCAUCCUCUCAGCCAUCGGAGACUAUAGUUAAAGAGGUGGAAAGUAAACUGCGAGAACUGCCAGAGGCUAAGACUAAACUACCAGUACCUGAACCAUCAGUGCCAUCUAAGACUAAACUACAAGUACCUGAACCAUCAGUGUCCACUCCUGCUGAAAUAAAAGAACCCAUACUUCCAUUACCAACAACAAGUAAUUUGAAGCCAUAUGAUAUUGCUUUGCAAAGCCAUCUGAAUCACAGAGGGCGUGGAAGAGCAAGAGGAAGAGGAAAUGGGCAUCCACGGCCUGUAACCAAAUUCACUGAAGACUUCGAUUUCACUGCAAUGAAUGAAAAAUUCAACAAGGAUGAAGUUUGGGGUCAUCUGGGUAAAAGUAAAUCCCACUGCAGGGAAGGAGAUUCAAAGGAUGAUGAGGUUGAUUAUGAGGAAGAUGAUGAAGCUGAUGUCAAGAUUGGUUUUUCUUCCUUAAAGCCUGUAUACGUCAAGGAUGACUUCUUUGAUUCACUUUCUUGCAAUACACUUGAUCGCGGACAACAGAAUGGGAGGACCAAGUUUUCUGAGCAGUUGAAAAUAGAUACAGAGACAUUUGGUGAUUUUCAGAGGCAUCGACCAAACCGAGGUGGUGGCCGUGGUUUCCGGGGUGGUGGUCGCUUCCGAGGCUCUUACUAUGGCAGGGGAUAUGGAUAUGCUGGAAGGGGACGAGGCAAUACUGCACCAUAUCAGGCGGCCUGAAAAGUUACGUGUGCCUUUGAUAACAAACAAGCUUUGUAAAGACUGAGAUCAUUCCAUUUCUGCAGAAAUAUCCAAAAAAAAAAAAAAGUGGCUAUUGGAAAGUCUCAGGUAUGGAUCUUAGAUUCUGGAGUGAGCAACAGCGGCUGCAGCAGCAUAAUAUGUUUGAAUGUUUUCCAGUGUUUAUCAUGCUCUUCCUGAUGGCUAAGGUAUAUUAUUAUAUGGCUGCCCUUUUCUAAGAAGCUCUUUGAAGGAAUGGUUUCUCACUUGGGGCGAGUUAAAUGAUUUUAACUGUUUCUUUUUCGCCUUUUAUGUUAUGUUAUUUUGUUGUUUGAACAAGUUUUAUCAUGUUAUUAUCUGGGAGAAGGGUAUUUUAUUUUGCA